GUGCACCAGUGAGCAGAUGGUUCAUUGGACAGAAUGGCUCUACGAGAGGCAACACUUUUAGGAAUAAUUAUUGUAUUCUCAGGCCACAUUCACUCUGUGUUUACAGCUCAAAAUGUAUGUAAGACGUAUGGCAGCGGCAUCUUUUAUACAUUCAACAAAACUGCAUUUCAUCUGAAGACCACAUGUCCUGUAACGCUUACACGCUUCAGUCAUGCUGGAGUGGACUGUCAUAUCAUCGUCCAGCGUGGACCGAAUGGCCUGAUGGACAGAGUGGAGAUCAUUGUGAAUAAAGUCACGACCCUCGUUCACAAUAAUACUGUGACAGUGGAAGGCAGCAGAAUUUCCCUUCCAUACGACCACACCUAUCAGCACGUGUUUCAUUAUGGAAUCUAUACCAGGCUCCAAAGCAAAGUUUUGCCAUUGUCUGUCACAUGGUACAGUGUAGCUAAUGGUGUCAGUUCACUUUGGAUGCAACUGAACCAGGAUUUAGUGGAGGGUAUGAGUGGACUUUGUGGGCACAAGAACAGCUCAGAAACUAUGCAGCAGCUGAUAUUCACCAGUGUAUUCUCUGAUGGCCAAUGCCUGACACAAGACUCUGUUGCGCAGACAAACACAGUUUGUAAAAAUCUUUUGUCCCAUGCUUAUGAAUGUCUCGCUACUAAAUAUCAAACCUACCUGAAUCUGUGCUAUAAAAAUAUGAAUGGAUUAUGGCAUCGGGAAUCAAACUGCUCAUUUUUUAAAGAGCUCUCACUUAUGUGCGGGAGCUCCAGUCCAGUGUGGUCAGUGUGGAGAUCAAAAAGCAGCUGCUCCCAACCUCAUUGUCCUGGAGACAUGCACUAUGCAGAGAUGGGUCCCGCUUUCCCGCCAACCUGCAGCAACCCACAGAAUUACACCACAGAACUUACCAGCACCUGCCUACCAGCUGAAGGAAAGGUCCUGAAUGAUCGCGUUGAUGGUUACCAUUCCAUUUAUGUGGAAGAAUGUCCAUGUGUGCAUGCAAAGAUAAUGUAUGCACCAAGGCAGGAACGCAGAACAAAGUGCCAGACCUGUACCUGCAUCAGAGGAAACUGGGCAUGUUCUGCAAACACAUGUCCAGCCAAGUGUAUUAUUGAGGGCCAGUUCAUCACUACAUUUGAUGGCAAACAGUAUUCUAUACUAGACAAAUGCACCUUUGUGGCUGCAAGGGGGCUUAACUGGACAUUGAACAUUCAAUAUUCUGGGCAAGGUGUUGUCAUAGAAAAGGCAUAUCUUAAUAUCAACCAGGAAAGAUAUACCUUCUCUGCAAACAGCAUACAACUGAACAACAUAGAAAUCAGUGACCUAUCACAGACUGAGUCUACCACAGUCUUUUGGCAGUCUUCAAUGUUCAUUCAAGUUCAGACUUCAUUUGGCCUGAAAAUGCAAGUUCAAAUCUCUCCAGAAAUUCAAAUAUAUUUGAAUUUGCCACCAACCGAAAACACUAAAGGUCUUUGUGGAACUUUUAAUAAUGACACAAGCGAUGACUUCACUACUUUUAGUGGCAUCAUAGAAAGUUCAGUUCAGCUUUUUGCCCAGUCCUGGUCAAUGGGCACUUGUACCCCAAUUACUGGAUGCAUCAACACUGACAAUGUUCCUUUGUGCAUGGGCAAUCUGAGGUUUACUUAUGCCACGUUGGCGUGUAACCAUACCUGCCGUUCCCUCUCGGGCCCUGAUCUGACCUGUGAGGUGGUGGAUGACUCUGUGGAGGGGUGUGGAUGCACAUCAGAUUCUCACCUGAGCAACCAACAGACCUGCAGCCCUCGCCCGCUGUGCAGCUGCCACCACCCAGGAGGCGACACACCUCCAGGUCCUGUGGUUAUCGCUUGUGUGAAAAUGGACAACUUCAUUGUCCUAAAGUUUGCAAGUGAGGAUAACAGCUGUAUCAGUGGUUGUUAUUGUCCAGAUGGCCUUUUUGAAGAUCAUAACGGUGGUUGUGUGGCUCAUGAAAACUGCACCUGUGAAUUCAGCGGGAGGGUGUAUGAAACUGGGCAGAGCGUGGAGACCAACUGUAAAAUAUGCACAUGUAGAGGUGGUGAAUGGUCUUGUAUAGAUGAGGCAUGUUCAGGAGUAUGUGAGGUGUUCGGAAAUGGGCAGUAUCACACCUUUGACUCCAAAUGGUACAGAUUCGAUGGCCACUGUCAGUACACCCUAGUGAAGGUGAGUGGUUGCAAUGCCGCUGGUUCAACUGGGCAGUUUGCAGUUAAAACUGAGAGUGUUCCUUGUUGUGAUGAGUCUUUGACAUGUUCCCGCGCCAUCUCAGUGGAGCUCUUGGGUGCAGUGACUCUGAUGUUGAAUGACAUGAAGGUAACUGAGACUCUUCAGGCAGGGGGUGCAUUGUUGGCAGAGCCCCUGUACUCCAUCCAAACUGUGGGCCUCUACAUCAUUAUCUCAGUUCCCGGACUGGGGAUCACUGUAAUCUGGGACAAACAUACUAGGGUCACCAUCCAACUAGAGCCUCAGUGGAGAGGCCGAGUGUUGGGGCUUUGUGGGAACUUUGAUGGAAAGGUGACAAACGACCUUCUGACAAGCAGCUCCUCAGAAGUUUUCAGUGUUUUGGACUUUGGGAAUAGUUGGAAGACAGCAACUCCGCCAUGCUCAGAUGUAACCCAUGAAACAUUUCCUUGUGAACGACACUCCUACUGUGCAGCCUGGGCCCAGCGGCGAUGUAUGAUCCUGAGAUCGGACACCUUUAUAGAUUGCCAUUUGAAGGUAGAUCCAGAGCCUUAUUACCAAGCCUGUGUUUUGGAGUCCUGUUCUUGUGAGUUUGAGGGAAAGUUUCUCGGCUUUUGUACAGCUAUCUCAGCUUACGCAGAGGCUUGCAGUGCAAAGGAUGUCUGCAUCAACUGGAGAACCCCAGAUUUGUGUCCGGUGUAUUGUGACUAUUACAAUGAAGUGGGCCAGUGCACCUGGCAUUACAAUCCAUGUGGCCAGGUUAAGACCUGUGGCACUAAUAACCACUUUACAGGAAAACUUGAAGGUUGCUACCCAAGAUGCCCUGAGGAGACCCCAUAUUAUGACGAAAACCUAGGAAAAUGCACCGCUUUGGACAACUGCACUUGUACCUUCAUGAACAGAGUGUUGUCACAUUCUGAUGAAAUGUGUACUUCUUAUACAUGCUGUAAAUGCCUUGAUGGACAAAUUGUCUGCACUCCUACAUUUACAUCUACAACUACGACUACAGUUUAUUACACAUCGACAGCUCAGCCAUCUACAACAAUAAUAACCCACACAGCCACAACACUACCACCAACAACUCAGAGCACAACACAAUACAUAAACCCAACAACACAAUACACAAUGAAACCAAAAACUGAGAAGUCAACCGAAUCUUCUACAAAUCCAAUUAAAGACACAACUACAACACAAUUACCAACAGCUGCGAGCACAAUAGAAUACAAAACCACAACAGAACCACCAACCUCACAGAGCACAAAGAAAUACACAACACAACUACCAACAUCAGAGAGAACAACAGAAUACUCAACCAAAACACGUCCAUCAACAACUGAAAGUACAACAGAAACAUAUACAACUCCAAUGGAAGAAACAACCACAACACAACCACCAGCAACUGAGAGCACAACAGAACACAAAACCACAACACAUCCAUCAACAACUGAAAGUACAACAGAACAAUAUACAACUCCAGUAAAAGAAACAUAUUCUACACAACCACCACCAACUGAGAGCACAACAGAACACAAAACCACAACACGUCCAUCAAUAACUGAAAGUACAACAGAAGCAUACACAACUCCAGUGGAAGAAACAACUACAACACAACCACCACCAACCAAGAGCACAACAGAACACAGAACCACAACACAUCCGUCAACAACUGAAAGUACAACAGAAGCAUACACAACUCCAAUGGAAGAAACAACCACAAAGCAACCACCUGCAACUGAGAGCACAACAGAACACAGAACCACAACAAAUCCUUCAACAACUGAAAGUACAACAGAACAAUAUACAACUCCAGUGGAAGAAACAACUACAACACAACCAUCACCAACCGAGAGCACAACAGAACACAGAACCACAACACAUCCGUCAACAACUGAACAAUAUUCAACUCCAAUGGAAGAAACAACCACAACACAACCACCACCAACUGAGAGCACAACAGAACACAGAACCACAACACGUCCAUCAACAACUGAAAGUACAACGGAAGCAUACACAACUCCAAUGGAAGAAACAACCACAAAGCAACCACCUCCAACUGACAGCACAACAGAACACAGAACCACAACAAGUCCUUCGACAACUGAAAGUACAACAGAACAAUAUACAACUCCAGUGGAAGAAACGACUACAACACAACCACCACCAACUGAGAGCACAACAGAACACAGAACCACAACACGUCCAUCAACAACUGAAAGUACAACAGAACAAUAUACAACUCCAGUGGAAGAAACGACUACAACACAACCACCACCAACUGAGAGCACACCAGAUCACAGGACCACAACACGUCCAUCAACAACUGAAAGUACAACAGAACAAUAUACAACUCCAGUGGAAGAAACGACUACAACACAACCACCACCAACUGAGAGCACAACAGAACACAGAACCACAACACGUCCAUCAACAACUGAAAGUACAACAGAACAAUAUACAACUCCAGUGGAAGAAACGACUACAACACAACCACCACCAACUGAGAGCACAACAGAACACAGAACCACAACACGUCCAUCAACAACUGAAAGUACAACAGAACAAUAUACAACUCCAGUGGAAGAAACGACUACAACACAACCACCACCAACUGAGAGCACAACAGAACACAGAACCACAACACAUCCAUCAACAACUGAACAAUAUACAACUACAAUCGAAGAAACAACCACAACUACUACAAUACCUACCACUGAACACACAACUCCAGUGUGUGAGUGCAAAGAUGUGAUGCGAAAUCAAAGCUGGUUGUGUGGAGAAACAUGGAGAGAGGAUUGUGCUGAUAAAGCCUGUAAUGCUGGAGUGAUUGAGGUAAAAUCCAUUACCUGUCCAACAUCCACAAUCAGGACUGAUUGCCCUAGAGACAAGAAGUCUUUGGUCAAAGAUGAAGAGACUUGCUGUCAGAGCUUGGAGUGUGACUGUCAGUGUCAGGUUUAUGGAGACCCACACUACAUCUCCUUCCAGGGGAUCGCUUUUGACUUCAUGGAUAACUGCACCUACACUCUAGUGGAGGAGCGAGUACUGCAGCACAGAUUAAGCAUUACUGUAGACAACUACUACUGUGUGCCGGAAAUUGAUAAUUCCUGUUCUAGGGGAAUCACAUUAAAAUACUGGAAUAAUAUUGCCACACUUAUGGUAACAGAGGAGUUCACAGUCGAGUGUACUUUAAACCAGGAGAUUAUAAAACCACCAUAUGAAGAUCAGGUCUUCAAGUUUGAAAGCAGUGGUAGCCAGGUCUACAUCUACAUCAAGCCUAUCCGUUCCUAUGUUUCUCUUACACCUUUCAACAAUCUGUUAAUCAACUUGGCAAUGGAGUACUUCCAAAACAACACCCAAGGACAGUGUGGUGUAUGUGGUGGUCAGUCGUGUAUACGAAGAAACGGUGUAGUUGAAGAUGACAACUGCUGUGAUAAGACUGCAUAUGACUGGGUUGUAGAAGACCCUCUGAAACCCUACUGCAAAUCUGUGCUCACCAAUGUUCCUUGUGUCCCUCCCUCGCCACCUUCAACUCCACCUCCACCUCUGCUUACCUGCCAUCCUACAAUAUGUGACCUACUUCACCACGAAGUGUUUGCAGAGUGUGGUGAAAGGAUCAAUCUUACGUCCGUAGAGAAGAAUUGCCGGUUUGACUACUGUUCAUACAAUAGUAGUGUUGGUGCCUGUUCUUCUCUGGAGUACGCAGCAUCAGAGUGCAAAAGGAUUGGUAUUUGUGUAGACUGGAGAUACCUUACUAAUGGCUCCUGUGAGAUCACAUGUCUGAAAGGAAUGAUGUACAACGAGUGUCGAAAGUCUCCAAAUGAUGUCUGUCGAGGCAGUGUUCGCGUGCCUGCAACCUCUGUGGUUGGUCUGAGAUCAGGCUGCUUUUGUCCAGAUGACCAGAUGCUUGCAGAAGAACACAAGCAAAUAUGUGUGUCUGAAUGCCCAACAUGUAAAGGGCCAUUGGGUGAGCCCAUGCCGGUGGGAGCAGUAUGGGAAUCAAACUGUCACAUAUGCACAUGUAAUAACCAGACUAGAACUGAAGAGUGCAUACCCAAACCUCAAGAACCCACUCCAGUCUGCAGCGCCUACUCCAUCCUGGUCUCUAACUGCUGUGACAAUCAGAUUUGCGUUGAGAAGAGUUGCGAGUACAAUGGAAAGACUUACAAGGUGGGUGAUCGGUGGACAGACCCUUCACAUCCGUGUGAGUCUUUCAGCUGUAGUCUGACAGGAACUGAGGUUGAGAAAACCGUGUGUCUGGUGCAAAUCUGUGCUGAGGAUUUACGAGUGUGGGAUGAACAUCAUUGCUGCUAUUCAUGUAAUGUUACAUGCAGUGCCAGACUGAUGAGAAUGAACCUUACAAUUGCUGACUGCACACAGGAAGUCGAGCUGCCCAUUUGUGAGGGCCAGUGUGAGACACACAACAGGUGGGUUCAUACUAACAGCACACUUCAGCUUGAACAGAGUCACCAGUGUUGUAAGGAGAGAAAUUAUGAGAUGAGAGAAACCACGCUGACUUGCAGUAAAGACUCUCUGACCCACUUCACAUACAGACAUGUCACAGGCUGUGAAUGCAGGGUUGAAGGUUAAGUUUACCUGACAUACAAAUGUAUGAAAAUGUUAGUUAAUGUUACAUGCGAUAAAUUUUGGUGUGUGUGAGUUGUAUAUGCACAAUUAAUAAUUAGCUGCCGAUGUGUGUGAUGAUUUAGUUUCAAGCUACACAAACACAUUUCUGCCAUUUGUGUUUUUCAGCAUGUUUUAAGUGAAUCAGCUUCAUUAACUGUCAAUU